UUCCGCAUUACGCUGCUGCCUGUAGCCUGUUAGCAUCUUAAAAUCCACACUUCAACGCGACUUCAAAGAAAACCUAUUAACUCUCCAGGCCUGCAAUAACAGCGUCAGCAGAGGUGUCGGACAUCCAAUUAAGCAUUUAAUUUUCAUUGUUUGCGUGACAUAAAAGCGGUUUGAUGUUGGUAAAGUAAACCAGGAAGCAACGUUAGCGUGAGGAAGCUCAGUGCAACUUCUGACUACAGUUUAAACAGCAAGUAUUAAGCCUCAGUCAGACGGUUUUUCCUCCACUGAUUUAAAGCAAAGGAAACCAUGAAGCUGUGCAGAAUUCCCUGUCGAGGUUCUGUCUUGUUGUGGGCCAUUUUGACUCAGCUACUGCUGUGUAGAAACGGUGUGUUCGCCGGGAAUAGCACCAAGGCCUGCAAACUACUCGACAAAUCUGAAUCAGAAAAGAAAGUCCUUGACCGACUGGAACCUCUGGCCGGCAAAAACUUGUCAGCAGUGAUCGAAGUAGAUAAGGAAAGCUACACAUAUGUGUUCCAGCUGUGUGGAGAUGCAGGAGGGGUUCAAAAUGCGGGAGUGAUUCAAAAGAAGACCAACUCGGAGGACAAACCCACAAUAAUUGGCUCAUACACAUCGACAAAGGCCAUUGGCGGCAGUGACUGGGUGAUGCUGAUCUACCAUAAUGGUGACAAAUAUGAUAACCACUGCAACAAGGAAGCCAGAAAGGCCAUUAUCAUGAUCUCUUGCAACAAAAACAAAGCGGCGGGUGACUUGGAAGUCAUUUUCGAAGACAGAGAAAAGCAGAAUGAUUGCUUUUACCUCUUUGAGCUGGACUCCAGUGCAGUGUGCCCUCCUGUUCAAUCCCAGCUGAGUGCUGGCUCCAUAAUACUCAUCAUUGGUUUCUGUCUUGUAGCCGUUUACCUCAUCGGCGGCUUCCUCUACCAGCGACUGAUUGUUGGAGCCAAAGGGAUGGAGCAAUUCCCAAAUUAUGCUUUCUGGGUGGAAGUUGGGAACCUUUCAGCAGAUGGCUGUGAUUUUGUGUGCCGUUCAAAAAACCGAGAGGAAGCACCAGCUUACCGAGGAGUGUCCGCUGAUGCUUUAGAUGAAGAGCCAGAAGAGAGAGACGACCACUUACUACCUAUGUGACCUUAGUAUGUCAGAAAUAUGGCAUACAUUUUCACUGUGUGGCAGGUUGUGCUUUGGAAACUUAGAUAAAAUUACUGGUGCACACAAGUGUGUUUUCUUUGCCUGGAAUGAGACAGUCCCCUGUUGAAACGUUGCUUGUAUUUUAGACUUGUGGCUCUGAGAAGGCUCCUAGAAGGCAGAAGACCAUGUCUCCUUUUCUACUCAAAACAUUUCAGUUUCGGUUGUAAUUCAUCUGAAGGAGUGACUCUUCUGUGAAAAUCGGGUGGUAAAAGGAAGGGUAUAAUUAAUUUGUAAUACAGACUCACUGAUCAUUUAACGUGCAUGCUAAUGAACGUUAAAUGUUUCUACUUAACUGAUGACGGUCGUUUCAUGGUUGUGCAGUCAGCGCCAUGCGGUUUUUGUUUAGGUAAUGCUCGCUACAGGCUAUACAAGAUCAUUUUACUUGUGGAAGUGGUUAGUUUGACCGAAUUGUGAAUGUAAAUUUUCAGCUCUUAGCAAGUGACAGUACAUAGAGCCUUGCUGCACAUCUAGAGAGCAGUGCAAAAACCAAAGCUCAUGCAAAUUUGUUAGUCUGCUUUAUUUUUUUCCCCAGAAGUACAAAGAAAAGUUUCUACAUUAAUUCAGAUAUUUUGUGUAGUAGUUAAUGAAGAUGUCAGGUGAAAGUGUCACAUUUUUUAUCUAAAAAGGUCACAGAGGUGCAAUGCAUCUUUAAUAAAAUUAAAAACAUAAUUGUUUUCCUAUUUAGUUCUGUCGAACAAUUUAAAACUGUUUAUUCAGUAAUUGGCACCCCUGAUAAAGAUUUGUAAAGAACUUCCUGUUGUUCCCUUCUCCUUGUAAACAAUACGCUUUUUCUUUAGCAGUAGUAACUUUAUUUUCUGAUCUGUAUUUUUUUUUUUUUUUUUUUUUCUCUUUGCGACAUUCUGUUAAAAAAAAAAGUGUUGUAAUUGUGCGUUAGGCCUGGAGUUGGCAAAAAAAAUAAAACAAAUAAAAAAUUUUAAAAAUUAAUUAAAUUCUUAUUGCAACAACAUAAUCCUAGAAAUAAUCAAACCUUUUUUUCUUCCAGUGCUUCUAUUGAGUUGGGGAAAAAAAGUGUUUUCAACUAAAUCACCAUUGGCACCAUUAGAGGUAACCCAGGAAGUUUCUGUAAAACAAAUGUAAACUGAAAAUGAAAACUGAACCAACAGUAUUCAUUUACACUUUUGAAAAUUGAUAAGUUUCUUUUAAGUCUUAUUUAGUUAUCCUUUGCUUUCAUUUCUCUGGGUUAUAAAUAUAAUUUUUUAGAAAGGCACUGAGUAGCAGCGUUACUGUUGGACCAUUAAACUCUGGCUUCUCUCCAGCCGUUUGUUUCAGAUUCAUGUCAGAAAAAGCUUCGUUUGUCCCACCAUCACAAAUGUAAACUGGGUUUUUUAUAGAUCUUUACUUGAAUCUUAACUGGAAUUGUGUCAGAUUAGACCAGAAUUAAACACUCCAGGUAGGUUUUUAAAUGAAACAAAGGAGGACUGUGUGAAAAGAGACCCUCAUGCCCACUAUUAAGUUAGGCAACCCUAGCCAAAUUCUCAUACAUUACGUUCCAUAUCAAAAUCAGAAGAGUGCUUUUCUAUUGACGAGUUAUAGAAAGUGUUCACAGAGGGGAGACUUAUAAUGGUAUCACUGGUGAUUUUCUUCAAAAUAAUCUAUAAUGUGAGAAUUGGAUGUUCAGAUUAUUUGAAAUGUUCAUUUUCUUUUUUUUAAAGAACUCCGUCAAAGGUGGGCAAUAAAUAUUGGAGGCACUGUCCAUGUUUUUGAUGAUUUCUGAAAUGUGGUAUGCUGUAUAUUAUUGUAUUUUGAUAAUAUGAAUGAACAUUAACAAUGUCCAAUAUCCAGUGUUGAAACUUUCCUGACUGCUGACAUUGUAAUUGUUAACCUAAGCACCAGAAAUACGUUUACCAACUUUUGUUUUCUCUUAUGUUUGACCAAAACCUUCUAACUGCAGUUUUUGCUUCUAUUUUAAAACGUUAGAAGUGGCAGUGACGUCACCUGCUGUACUAUCUAUUAAUAUAUUGAAAUGUUACUUUUGAGGAUAUCAUUCAUAAGAUUUAUAAAUUUUUUACAUAAAUUAUUGGUGAAAACAAAAGUAGAGUGUCUUGGAAUUUCACUCAGUAGGAGGAAACAAAUUUUCCUGCUUUGUUUUGUCACAGUUUACUAAUGUUGGCCUAUUUUUCGUAGUUCACUGAAUUGUCUCCUGUGUUCUCUGGUAAAAAUGGUAUCACUUGUGUUUGAAGUAAAUAAAAAUGCAUCCAGUUUGAUAACUGUUACAGUGGAAUAUGA